AUGGCGGUCGCUGAUAGCAAAGCGAACGAUGGUAUCAAGGCGGGGGAAGGCCAUGAUCCAAGUAUACACGAAGAGAAUACUAGGGAUUAUGAAACUCGCUCAGUUGGGGGAACUGAAGAAACUAAAGGAUAUCCCACUGAUUCGAAGUUCUGGCUCAUCAUGCUCACCAUGACAGCCUUGCUUAUCCUAGGUGGACUUGACACCAAUAUCGUUGCAACUGCUGUGCCCAGUUACGGGCUUGAAUGCGAAUAUGAUAUUCAAUGCUCCAUAAUCUGA